AUGAUUAAUUAUUUGUUGUCAUACUUUAACAACAACGACAGUGAUAGAAUAGAACAAUUGGAAAACAAAAUAAACCAAAUUGAAAGAGAUGUAUAUGACGACGGUCAUAGAGAAGGAGUAGAAGGAAAUAUAUUUAUAACAAGAACAUCAACAUCUUCAGCUUCAUCUUCAUCAUCAUCAUCAUCAAGCAGCAGCGAUAGUAGUAGCAGUGAAAUGGCCAGCAAGAAGAAUCGAAUGGCCAACAGUAACAUGACAAUAAACAACAGCUCUGCUGGGAGCAUCAGCAGAAAUAAAACAUCGUCAUUUGAAAGACCCGAAUCACCUUUUAAUCAAAGCGAUAUCGAUGAAGAUUGUGAUGACGAUCAUCGAUACCCUUCGAGUGGUGACAGUGACAGUGACAGCGAUGAUUGCAACCUCGAUCAAAGACCGUCAUCGUCGUCUACUUCCACACCUUUGACCAAUGGAUACUCAACACCACCAAUCAAAAAACUAAACCAAACUACGAGCACAAGUACAAGCACAAGUACUAGUAUUAACAAUUCACCUAAACCAAUCAAAAAAACAAAGAAAAAAUCAAAUGAUAAAGGUGGAGGUGGAGGACAUUUUGAUAAUAUUAAUAACACUAAUAAUAUUAACAAUAAUAAUAAUCAACAACAACAACAACAACAACAACAACAACAAAAUAGUUUUAAUAGUCCAAAACUACACUUUCAAUCACAAUAUUAUGAUGGACUACACCAACAUCAACCACAACAAAACAAUAGUAAUAACCAAUUAUACCUUCCAUCCCCACAACAUCCACAACAACAACAAUACCAAAAUCCAAUGAUUUGUCAGUCACCACCCAUUGUCGAUCCAAAUUCAUUGUUUCAACAAAACCAUCAAUAUCUAAUGUUACAACAACAACUUCAACAACAACAACUACAACAACAACAACAAAUACAACAACUAUCAUCUCAACAACAAUUACAACAACAACAAAUUGGGGCAUCAUUUCAAUUAAAAGUGGACGAUGUACAAUCAAAAUUACAAAAAAAUGUUGGUGACACGGAAGAGUUUAAAAGGGAGUUGGCUAAAAUUAAAGAAACAAUUAAACGUAUAAAAGGUACCAUUAAAGAAUAUAAUAAUAAUAAUAAUCAAAAUAAUCAAAAUAAUAAUAAUGGUAAUUCAAAUCAUAUUGAAAUAUCAAAACAAUUGUUGGAAAUUAUGGAAUUUAAAAUUGCAAAGAUGAUUAGUCAAUAUACGCCUCCACCUCCAAUUAACAAUAAUAAUAAUACUAAUAAUAAUAAUAAUAAUAAUAAUGAUAAAAUAUCUAAUCACUUUCCAAGUUUUAUGGCAAAUGGAAUGGGAGGAGCAGGUUCCAACUUUUUAUCAUCCUCACAACAAUCUUUUAAUCCCGCGCAAAACCAAAUAUUAACAAACAAAAAUUAUGAAGAUAGUAUAACCGAACUAUAUUCAAUGUAUAAAGCAGUCACGAUAAAACUCAAUGAAUUGGAAAAACAUUAUAAAAAUAUUAAAAUACAACAACACCAACAACAACAACAACAGCAACAGCAACAACAACUCCCACAACAACAACAACAACAACAACAACAACAACAACAACAACAACAACAACAACAGCAACAACAUAAUAAUAAUAAUAAUCAAAAUGAAUCACCAAAUAAUAAUAUUCAUAAAAUAGUACAUUUGGAAAAUAAGAUCAAAAAAAUAGAAGAAAAUCAUCAAAACCAAUUAAAACAAGUACUAGUAUUAAAAGAAGAAUCUGAUUUGAAAAUGAAAGAGGUUGAAACAGAGAUGGCAGACAUAAAAGUACAUGUUACUAAACUAGAAGAGCGUAACCAAAAAUUGGAAAAAGAAAGAAUAGAGAAUGAACAUUUGGAGAAACAACGAAGAUCCUAUCUCACUGAUCGGCUGACCACUUUGGAUCACAAAUUAAAAUUCAAAAGUGAAAAGUAUAUGUUGUACCACAAGAAUAUUUCCAUUUUCUUGCUAGACUCUACUCUUUCUCUGGUAGCCGAUCGAGAACAUCACUCAAAGAAUGGUGUCAUUCAUAAAGUGGCAAGUCUCCAAAAAGAGGCUGAAUUGUCAAGCAAGACAUUUCAGAUUAUUCCAACCAUUACAAAUAAUGUCUUGAUCAAACAUGGUGAAAAGCACAGUCUUUCCGUUCAUAAUGGAGUUAUCAAUUUCGUGCCAUUUAGAGCAGUUGAUAUCACUGGUGGUAGUUAUGGUUACUCUAUCCCCGCCAAUCUAUUUAAAAUAAUGGCCUGUGAAUCUGGCUACCGUUUGUUUAAUAUCCUACAUUCAUCCUACCUUACCAUUGUGGAUGCCGCGUUAUGUCUUUCGCCUUUGGAAAGUGCUUCAGACAAUAUAUUUUCUUUUCAAAUUUUACCUACUACUACUUGA